GGUUGACGCUGUUCCUGCCUCCAGCAAUCCGCCAUCACCUUGCCCCUCGCGCCAUGGCGCCCGCCUGCCUCCUAUUGCCACUCCUCCUGCUCCCCUUCGCCCCAGGUCCAGCACAGGCCGCGACGCCGGCAAGGUCUCCGUCGGCGUCAGCAUCAUCCUCCUCCACGUCCGUCGUGUUCCAGCUCCAGGGCGACGUAUAUCCCACCGGGCAUUACUAUGCCACCAUGAACAUUGGGGAUCCGGCGAGGCCCUACUUCUUGGACAUUGACACCGGCAGUGACCUCACUUGGCUGCAGUGCGACGCUCCCUGCCAAAGCUGCAACAAGGUGCCGCACCCAUUGUACAAGCCAACAAAGAGCAAGAUUGUGCCCUGUGCAGACUCACUCUGUACUACACUGCUCAGCUCACAGAUUCCUAACAACAAGCAGUGCCCCUCACCACACCAAUGCGACUACAAAAUCAAGUACACGGACAGCUCGUCUUCUCGCGGUGUGCUCGUUACCGACAGCUUCGGCCUAACCCUACGGAAUUCAUCCCGUGUUAGUCGCAGCCUCACCUUUGGCUGUGGCUAUGACCAGCAGGUGGGAAAGAAUGGGGCAGUGCAGGCAGCGACAGAUGGCUUGCUUGGGCUUGGGAGGGGAUCAGUUAGCUUGGUCUCGCAGCUCAAGCAGCAAGGCAUCACCAAGAAUGUACUUGCCCAUUGCCUCAGUACGAACGGAGGAGGGUUCCUCUACUUUGGGGAUGAUAUCGUGUCUACCUCACGCGCAACGUGGGUGCCGAUGGCUCGUAGCACAUCUGGGAAUUACUACUCACCUGGCUCAGGAACACUUUACUUCGAUAAACACCCACUAGGAGUGAAGCCAACGGAGGUGGUAUUUGAUAGCGGUAGCACCUAUACGUACUUUGCUGCCCAGCCAUACCAAGCGACUGUUUCUGCGGUAGGUCUGAAACACACUACAUUCUUGUUGCCAGGAAUCCGAAGAAGGAAACAAUGCAUUAAUGAGAUGCUAAUGUUGCAGAUCCAAGCUGGUCUCAGCAAGUCACUUACGAAGGUGUCUGACCCCAGUCUACCUCUUUGCUGGAAAGGGCAGAAAGUGUUUAAAUCUGUGUCUGACAUCAAGAAGGAGUUCAAAUCACUCUUCCUGAUGUUUUCGAAGAAUACAGCCAUGGAGAUCGCUCCUGAAAACUACCUCAUUGUUACCAAAAAUGGAAAUGUGUGCUUGGGCAUUCUUGACGGGUCGGUGGCCAAACUUAAUUUCAACAUAAUUGGAGAUAUCACAAUGCAGGAUCAGUUGGUAAUUUAUGACAAUGAGAAAGGGAAACUUGGAUGGAUCCGUGGAUCAUGCAGUAGGGGCACUAAGUAUAUUAUAUCUUCAUUUACAUGGUAUUUGCUUAUAAUCCAACUUUUAGCCCAUCCGUUAAAAAGCUGGAUAUAUCAUUAUUGAUGGAACUGGCCAACUGGAGGAAGCUACUAUUGGCUUGAAAACCCUGAGAUAUUGACACUCUCGGAACUGAAGAGAGUUCAAGCUAUUGCAAUCCACAGAAUAGGCAAUAGGCGGACAAAAAUUACAGUAACAUGGCUGGGUAAACUGGACGAUGUAAGUGGAGAAGGAUGACCAUGCCAUAUCACAUUGGCGGAAAGGAAUAUAUUAACCAGUAUGCUUCUCCUGUUCGUAAUAAGAUGGAAUCUGUAUUUUACAUCUUUGGCUUGAAUUGUUCUUUACUUUUCUUUAUCUUAGUUGGGUGAUAUAUCUAUGCUUUACAUUCGUUUCAGUGUCCAAGGCAACUUUUUGACAAGUAGUUUUUCCAGUAUAUCUGUGUCAAAUCUUGUGUUCAGUGUCCUAGGUUCUGGUCUUUCACCUAAAAACCUUUAACUCCAUAAUUUUUUUAUUAGGACUUAACCAUGACUAGGCCCUACCUUUGAAACUUUAACUCCUCAAUAUUUGAGGAGUUACUCCUCAGUUCCUCCCCAAUUCCUCAAGUUUAAGUCGGAAUGUUUUCUUCACCUAAAAAAUCUACGCUCGCUCUAUCCUUCCGUCCGACUGUGCAUUUACAUUUUCACAUUUGUGAAUGGCUAUUUGGUUC